UUUUUUUUUAAACUGACAUCUUUGUGUUUUUAGCUGUUAGCCACUGCUGCUAAGUAACUUUUCUCUGGCCGCUCCCCGACUGAAAGUUCAUACACGAGUUGCACGAAGUCCACGCUGUGAACGGGAGCACUUGCGCGGCGUUUGGAAAGAUGUCACUUGGAGGUUCUUCUGUUGCGGUUGUACAACUGCCGGGGGGUCAGUUUCAGGUUCAAGGGGUGAUCCAGUCUGCACAGUCAUCAGUCAUUCAGUCCCCACAAGUGCAGAGUGCCCAGCACCAGGGUAGCGACAGUGAAGAUUCCCAGGACUCAUCAGACAGUGGAACAACUACUCAAAAGACCAGAGAGAUAUUGGCAAGACGGCCUUCAUACAGGAAAAUCCUAAAUGAACUUUCAUCUGAGGAAGUAACACACAUUGAGGGAAAAGAUAACAGCCCGUCAUCCACAGGAGUGACGGGCGUCACAACCCCGAUCUACCAGACCAGCACUGGCCAGUACAUUGCCAUCUCUCCUUCUGGCGCAUUCCAGCUGGCGACUCAAGGUUCUGAAGGCAUUCAGGGUCUUCAGGCUGUCACCAUGGCCAACUCUGGCGCAGGCCAACAAGGCGCCACUAUCGUUCAGUAUGCUCAGAUGGCCGAUGGCCAGCAGAUACUGGUGCCCAGCAAUCAGGUCGUAGUACAAGGUUCAGGAGGGGAGGUACAAACUUACCAGAUCCGCACGGCGCCCACAUCCGCCUCCCUGCCUCAGGCUGUACUGAUGGCCUCUUCAGUGGGACUCAAUCAGGGAAAGAGUGAUGACCCGACACUCAAGAGAGAAAUCAGGCUUGCAAAAAACAGAGAGGCAGCCCGUGAGUGUCGAAGGAAGAAAAAGGAAUACGUUAAAUGCCUGGAAAACCGCGUAGCCGUCCUCGAGAACCAAAAUAAAACUCUGAUUGAAGAACUGAAGACAUUGAAGGAUCUGUACUGUGUUAAAACGGGAUAGCCUGGCUGAAUUAAGGCGGACGCUCGAGACAUGUUGGCACAGUUCGGCCCUUUGGACAUGACAGGGUUUCUGGGAACACUUCAAUUCAGGCUGAAUGUCUCCAGUUGUUGUUUAUUUUUUAAACUCUGUUUGAUAAACGUGACUUUUGGCAGACAGGUUUUCCUGUGUGCUCAAUCAAAAACAAGAACCUUCAAUUUGGCCAUUUUCACCUGCUGUUUUUUAAAUGCUAAUACUAUAACAUUUAUAGUUGUGUACAUUUUUAAUACUGGGAGGUUUGAAAUUGUGAGCUUUAACACUGAGUCUCAGUUUAUACAUGUAUUCCUUUCCUCCUUUUUUCCUUGUGUUUUUAAAGAUGUUGCUGUUGGACUUGGUUAAAAACAAACUAUUGCAUUUGCAGAACUUUGCCUGUGUACCACACAGACACAAUUUCUGUUGAUUUUGCGAACCAGCAAUUCCCUUCAUUUCCCCACGAGGAGAUGUUACAUUUGUCAUUCCUUAUUUUUGUGCAAUGGAACAUAAAGGGUAAAAGAAAUGAUGAACUUGGGUUGUGGUUUGUUUCUCGGCAGUUACUUAGACAAUCAGGGAAAAAAGCACAGUGUCCAGGUAAUAUUUAUUGUGUACAUCUUGGGAGGGGCGGGAGAGAAGAACAAACCGUGUUUGAAAUGUUGCUGAUUCUGUAAGUAAAUAAAUAUAUUUUCACGUGUA